CACUGCAUUGUAUUUCUGCAGAGCUGCAGCACGGUGUGUCACACUGGUCCCGCAAGUUUUUGCACGAUUUACAAAGGAAAAAUGCCACUCACCCGAUCUAAGAGACUGGCUGCCCAGCCUGCAUCCACCGGGAUGAGUCUGCGGAGCUUCCGCAGCGUCCCGCUCGUCCCCAUGGAGACGUCCUCCUCUUCCUCCUCUGAUGACAGCUGCGACAGCUUUGGCUCUGAUGGAGGUUUUGCAAAUACGAGGAACAAGUUGAAGCCGGCGAAGAGGACAGUGCAGAAACCGAAGGCUUUUGAGGCCACUUCAGAGGAGGACACAUGCAGCAGCUUUGAGGAGAAUGUGAUCAGCCACCGGAUUAAAUCAAUGAAAGUCGACAGCGAUCCUCCGAGGCGCGGUCGCAGGUCGAACGUGCUGAAGGUCGCCCUGACCUUCCCCACCAAAGCGACGGGCAAGAAGAGGCCUGCAUCCGAACCGCUGCCUCAACCCAAAGCUCAGGACUUGGACUCCGACAAGGAAGAGGAGGAGAACUUCAUGGCCAAGAGAGCCCUGAAUAUCAAGGAGAACAAAGCAAUGCUUGCAAAGCUCAUGGCCGAGCUGAACAAAGUCCCCGGACUCUUCCCAGCAAGACGAAUGGCUCACUCAGCAUCAACCACGCCCCGACAGACUCCCCGGCGCUCCAGAACACCGAAAGCUGGCAGGAGGUACCCCGAACGUCUGUCUCGCCCUCACACGCGGUCCCGCACGCAGGUGGACGGACCCCCCAGCCCCACCCCAGAGGAGGACCCCGAGGACCGGUUCAGCCUGGUCCGCAAGAGCCGCUACUAUGAGGAGUAUGACGCUCCCCGCCGCCAUUCCUUCAGCGGCGCCAAGGCCAUCCCGCAUGUGGUGCGGCCUGUGGAGGACAUCACAGAGGCCGAGCUGCAGGGCAUCUGCCAGAACGUGCGGGAGAAAGUCUACAACCGCGCCACCGGAUCCACUUGCCACCAGUGUCGCCAGAAGACGAUCGACACCAAGACGAACUGCCGUAACGCCGAGUGCACCGGGGUCAGGGGUCAGUUCUGCGGCCCCUGUCUGCGCAACAGAUACGGGGAGGAGGUGCGAGACGCCCUGCUGAAUCCGGAGUGGCUCUGCCCGCCGUGCCGAGGGAUCUGCAACUGCAGCUUCUGCCGGGCCCGGGAGGGCCGCUGCGCCACAGGGGUGCUGGUCUACCUCGCCAAAUACCACGGAUACGACAACGUGCACGCCUACCUGAAAAGCCUGAGAAAGGAGAUGGAAGAGAGCAGUGAGUGAAGUGUGGCGAAGAAGCUGCUCUGAAAAUCCUGAACCUGAUCAACGCCAUCACUCCUCCACCCACAAUCCCUCUUUUUUAACAUAGCAUUAUAGUCCAGCGCGUUGAGGACGCACGCAGCCGUCUCUCAGCCUAAAGACUGUUUUGUUUUUGCAGGUUUGUUUAGUUUUCAGUCUGUUGUGUUAAACAGAUCUCAACUUUAGGCCGAUUCCAACAUUUCAACUGUGUGUAUGUGAGGGGAAAAUUUACUUUCUUAUAGAAGCUUUUCUUUUUUUCCCCUUAAUCCGCUGCAGAAUGAUUUAAAGCUUUUAGAACGAUCUGCUGUAUUUUACAUUGUUUUAAAUGUAUUGUUUCACUGUCAAUCUGAGGGAGCCAUUUUUGUGCCUUCAAUCCAAUGAUUUGUUUUUAGACCUUUUUUUUUUUUUGAAAAAGCAAAAAAAAAAGCUCUUCUUUCAGAGGGAUGUCCUGUUUUAAAGGGAAUAAAAGCCGGUGAUCCUCCUGCUGUGGGGGGUGCAGGUGGAAAGGACAUAGACCGAGGUCCACUGGUUCUCACUUCCAAACGGAGAGGGUCUGUGUGAUAUACUACGGCGCCUGGUUAAAUAUCCUUCAUUAGAUAACUGUCACUAAUGGUGUGGAAACAAUUAGCACUCUCUAAUGGGAAUCUCAUACCUGUAAAUCAUUUUACCCUGUUAAAGCACAUUCUCUCUCUCUCGCUCUCUCUGCUCCAGUUUCUUUGCCUCAUUUUCUGCCUUACUCUGUUAAGUAGGAAUGGUUGAAGGUGCCACUGAAGUGGCAAUAGAGUUAUGGCCUGCAUUUUCUGUUCAGGAGUGUGAUACUCUCACGCGAAAUGACAUGGAAUUAACCUUUGUGCCGUUCAUCUCUGAAAUGUACUUCAUUUGACCCGCAGCGGGAGAUCCUCUGAUUAUAUGACACUGUUUGAAAAUAAUCAACGGUUGAGCUUUCUUUACUGUAAUGGCAGGUGGAGGUUAUCCCGCUGCUGCUUGUAUAUAUCCGUCUCUGCAUUCGUUACGCUGAACUCUCGAAUAAAACGUCCCGAUCGCAUUGUGCUCAU